UUAGCUGACACAGAGUUCCAUUGAAAGCUCCACUGACCAAAGCUUCUGAGUUUAGGAAGCUCCGAUUAUAACCCUACAUCACCCAAGGGGGCUUCCUGUCCAGUCGAAGGUCCCGUCCUCGGAACGGACCCCGACAUCUAAACUCUCCCUUCUUCCUCCUCCUCCUCCUCCUCCUCGUCCUUCGGAUUUGAUCAUAUCUUCUUGUUGUCUGAAUCCAUUGACUCGACAGUUCCUUUUCCAUUUCCUUAUGAUCUACGUUUUCUUGCUGAAGAUCUGCAAGUCUUUUUUGUAAUUAUAACGUUUCCCUUCGUUUAAUUUAAUCCUCUGAUCCUAUAUCUAUAAUUUCUCCUCCUCCGAUAACCGAUCAAAUCCCUCUCUCUUGCUGUCUGUCUGUCUGUCGGUCUCUCGGGUCAAGAAAAUGGAGGCAGUCGUCGCUCCAGACUCGGCAGAGCACCAGCGCCAGUCUCUCUCCGUCUCUCCCUACACCAGCAAGCAGGUCAGGACCGUCAGGUCCCCGAGAAACCGAGCUCACCGCUCUGUCAAUCUCGCCUCCGUCCCGGGGCCGUCUGAGAGCUUCGUCAGUCUUGCAAACAGCUUCCAUGGAGGUCUCCUUAACCCUCAGAAGCAACCCCCUCUGCUUCCUCUCCCCGUUACCCCGAAAGCCCAUGUUUCGUCUUACCCUCCUCCGGGUUCUGCCAAACCGAAGCCCCAGAGGCUGGCCCGCCACCACUCCCUCAACCCGAGCAAGCCGCUGAUCAGACGUCAGGGAUCCGCUGUUAUUAUUAGCCGAGGAUCUGAGCUUAUGCCAGCCGCGAGGCCUCUGGGACCCGAACCAUACGAGCUCCCGAAGAACAUUUCCGUCUCCAUGGUUCCGAAUCCCUCUGCCCCGCUCCAGCUGCCAGAGCCGGGCAGGUUUUCGGGGUCGGUUUUUGAGCUGGCGCCGCCCCCGAGCAGCCUCCCACUGCCGAGGUUUUCACUCAGGCCGAAGCUCAGGUGCAACGCCGAGGCCGGGGUCGACUCGGGCGCCACCGACAGCCUGCGCCAGAUCUUGCGCCUCCGUUGAUGGGUUUCAAGUUCCGGAUGUGUGCAUGCAAUCAUCCGACUGUGGUAUUGGUGGUAUUGGUCGUGGAAACUAUGAUAGUGGGUGCCUUUUUUUUUGGGGCCCCCUUAUUAUGCAUGGGGACUGUUGUGAUCACCUCUCAUAUUUUUUUCAACUGGGGUUCACAAAAAAUGAAAAAAAAAAAAAAUCAUGCGUAGAAUAAGCAGAUAACUGGCAGGGUUGUUGUUUAGAUUUGGUUUCUUACAUCGUUUAUGGCAAGAACAGUUAAAUCCUGUGGAUCUUAUGUCUUUUUAAUUGUAGGAUCCACUGGAUUUCAAUGUUCAUAUACUUGUUAAGUAUCUCCAAUGUUGUAUCAAUUUCUUUUUAUCCGAUAAUGUUUAUGUAUUUGUUUAA